CUGCUCCGGGGCGCCGGGCCCUCCUCGGCCGCGGCUCGGCCCGGCUCGGCGACGGCCGGCCGGAGGGAGGCUCGGCGCGGCGGCGCCCCACAAGUUGCCCUGCCCGCGGCGAGGUUGAACAGACCCGUGCUGCCAUUUUGAUGAAAAGCGGUCGACUACUGGUGGAGUCUGACGGUUCAACCCAGCAGAAUCUUUUCAAGGUAGCGGAAGACGGAAAAUAGGCCUACACAUAAGCCCCAGAAGGAAGACGGAAUUGGCUGACAAUUUGGCUCUGAGCAGGUCCCGGCCGACACUGUGCAGUUUCUAUGAUCGGAUGCUGGGGAACCCACUGGUCCAAAGGUCUACCCAUGAAGUCACCAUAAAGACGGUGGCUCCCGCUUUGUCAAGACCUCAUCGCCGCGAGGUGAGGCUAAGAUGAGCAUAACCAGUGACGAGGUGAAUUUCCUGGUGUAUCGCUAUCUCCAGGAGUCAGGUUUCUCCCACUCGGCGUUCACGUUCGGGAUCGAGAGCCACAUCAGUCAGUCUAACAUCAACGGGACGCUCGUGCCGCCUGCCGCCCUCAUCUCCAUCCUGCAGAAGGGGCUCCAGUAUGUGGAGGCCGAGAUCAGCAUCAAUGAGGAUGGCACAGUGUUUGAUGGCCGCCCCAUAGAGUCCCUGUCCCUGAUCGACGCUGUGAUGCCCGACGUGGUGCAGACGCGGCAGCAGGCCUUCCGGGAGAAGCUCGCUCAGCAGCAGGCCACGGCGGUGGCGGCGGCGGCGGCAGCCACGGCAGCGACGGCUGCCCCCGCGGUGACAGCGGCCCCGGCGGCCACGGCGACAGCAGCUGUUUCCCAGCCCAACCCACCAAAGAACGGAGAGGCCACGGUGAACGGGGAAGAGAACGGAGCCCAUGCAAUAAAUAAUCACUCGAAACCAAUGGAAAUAGACGGGGACGUUGAGAUUCCGCCCAACAAAGCCACCGUUCUCCGGGGCCACGAGUCUGAGGUGUUCAUUUGUGCCUGGAAUCCUGUCAGUGAUCUGCUAGCUUCUGGAUCCGGGGAUUCGACUGCAAGGAUAUGGAACCUUAAUGAAAGCAGCAACGGGGGCUCCACCCAGCUCGUGCUGAGGCACUGUAUACGAGAAGGGGGGCAUGACGUCCCCAGUAAUAAAGACGUGACCUCGUUGGACUGGAAUAGCGAUGGGACACUGUUGGCUACAGGUUCCUACGACGGGUUUGCAAGAAUAUGGACGGAAGAUGGUAACCUGGCCAGCACCUUAGGCCAACAUAAAGGCCCCAUUUUUGCGUUGAAAUGGAACAAAAAGGGGAACUACAUUUUGAGUGCAGGUGUGGACAAAACGACAAUAAUUUGGGACGCCCACACAGGUGAAGCUAAGCAGCAAUUUCCGUUUCAUUCUGCCCCUGCUCUCGAUGUGGACUGGCAGAACAAUACUACCUUUGCCUCCUGUAGCACAGACAUGUGCAUUCACGUCUGCAGGCUUGGCUGCGACCGCCCAGUCAAAACCUUCCAAGGACACACAAAUGAGGUCAACGCCAUCAAAUGGGACCCUUCCGGCAUGCUGCUAGCAUCCUGCUCUGAUGACAUGACAUUAAAGAUCUGGAGUAUGAAGCAGGAUACGUGCGUCCAUGACCUUCAAGCUCACAGCAAAGAGAUAUACACCAUAAAGUGGAGUCCUACUGGGCCAGCCACCAGCAACCCAAACUCCAGCAUCAUGCUAGCAAGUGCUUCGUUCGAUUCUACAGUUCGACUGUGGGAUGUGGAGCGAGGUGUGUGCAUCCACACGUUAACGAAACAUCAGGAACCUGUCUAUAGCGUUGCUUUUAGUCCCGACGGGAAAUACCUGGCCAGUGGCUCCUUUGACAAGUGUGUGCAUAUCUGGAAUACUCAGAGUGGGAGUCUCGUCCACAGCUACCGAGGAACGGGCGGCAUCUUUGAGGUGUGCUGGAAUGCUCGAGGGGACAAAGUGGGCGCCAGUGCGUCCGAUGGCUCUGUGUGUGUUUUAGAUCUGCGAAAGUAAACACAAAACAUUACGGGAAAAAGAAAAGACUUCUAAUGGACCAGCUGUGAAUGUGUGGGGUUGCAGCACGCUUCAGACACAAUUCUGUCAGCUCCAAAACUGUAGGAACGUGACUUGCGUUAGCGUGUACUUUGAAAUCAAAUCAUCCCUGGCCACAGGAGUCUGUAUUUUUUCGUAAUCCUCAUCGAGAAGUUUAAAACAAAAGUGUACACACAGUCAUCCCAGAGGGGGAAAGAAUGGUUUCCACCUAGAACAUUCCACCUGGAAAGCAUGAAGCCCGCAGCUAGACAGUGCAUGGUUUGGUUCCCAUCCAGACAGGCUCUGAUACCUGAGAGGGGAGGGGGGCGUAAAAAAAAGCUGUGCCAAAAAAAAAAGAAAGAAAAAUGCUGUGAUAAACCAAAAGAAGGUGGAAAAGUUCUCCUCCACGUGGUGGGUUGUUUUUUCCCCCGAACAAUUUGGACACUACAGUUACUCUCGCAAAGGAUAUUCCAAGACCAGUUUGUACCGAUGAGAUGUGCAACUUUGUAAUCCCAACACUUCCUAUUUUCCAGAACCUUCUUUGUCCAGUGGUUUUUCUAUCGGCUGGAAUCCUGUCGUCAGGGGGCGUUCCAUCUGAGAUGGAAACUGUUUUUGGUUUGUCGCUUGUUCCCGGUUCUUGCCUGUCCUCUCCGCCUUUUCCCUCUGUUGCGUGUGGUCUUGAUUUGCAGUAAACCCUCAGUAGACGCAGCCCCGUGGACGCCGUGACAAAACCUUUGAAGACAGCCUUCUCAUCCCCACCUCCACCCUCCUGCCGUCCCCCCCCUCCCCUUCACCCUCUCGCUGUCCCUUUAUCAUAGUUGCUUCAGAUCUUAGGUCUCAAGGGCACUUUCAGCACGUGAUAAGUGCUUUAUGUAAGAAGACAGGGCAGGGGGGCUUUUUACAGGAGAAAAAAAAAAUGACCUUAUAAGAGAAAGAGCCCGGAGUAUUUUUGGAAAAAAAAAAAAUAUUUUUAUGUUAGAACAAUUUUAAAAUCCUAAAAUGGCCAUCAGACAGAGAGAGCUUUGUGUGGUUUCAUAUUUAAAAAAAAAAAAAAAAUUUAGGAAGACACAGCCAGGGUCCAAGGUAGCUCUUGCCGUUCCCACCGGCUGCAUGAAAGGUGGUGAGCGUGUGGGGUGGGGUGGGCUGGGGACAGGCUCCGUGGGUCGCCACGGAAAUGGGCUUCAGCCCCAGGCGGACAUCCCGGCUGUUGCAGCUCAAGGACCGGUGGCAUCUCUCGGUGUGUGUACCUGCACGACUGCAGGCGAGACGUGACGAAUGAAGCGCUGAGCCCGGAAGCAUACCCCAAACCAAACGGAAUUGAAGAAGCCAUCGAAACCGACAGCUCAGCUCCCUGCGCCUGUUGGUGACACUUUGUUUGCAGUGCCGGUCAUUUCCCCAAGAUGGGCAGCGGGGCGAGUCCUUGCAAAGCUGACCUAACGACAGCCGUCGGGCCUUCACGGGGGUCGAAGAAUGAGGGAAACGAACGGGGAAGGAAGGUUUUUCAGUCCUGAAGGUGAAUUCACGUACACUGAUCAUUUCUGCCGUCUUCGUCACUUCUUGCUCUCCCAAGAGACUAGGAGCAAGAUUUUCUUUUUUAAAAUAAUGAAUCUUUUUACUGUUUUUAAAAAAUUAAACGUGGCUUUGUGUU